CGAUACACAUAUGUGCCAUACAUAUGUGAAUACAUGUGCUCUCUCUCUCUCUCUCUCUCUCUCUCUCUCUCUCUCUCUCUCUCUCUCUCUCUCUCUCUCUCUCUCUCACACACACACACACACACACACGCUCACACACAGACACAGACAUACACUCUCUCACUCAAGCACACAAGGCGUAUUUUGAUUUGCCAAUUUUCUAAAAUAGUAGCUUCUCUUUUCUUUAAGUUCUGCCAGUAAUACCGACAUUUUCCAAGUAAACAAUUGCAGAAAGGUAAAUAGAAGAGACCGUCAGCAGUCAACAAGAAUACUAACCUUCGAUUCUUAGAGUAGGCAACGGGAGAUGGCCAUGUCGGGAGCGAUGGGGUCAGUGGAAUGCGACGGCAUGUACUCCAAACUUAUAAAUAAGGAAGAAGAAGAUACGCUAUAUGAUGAGAAAAAUCACAAACGUGAAAGUUCUGAUGUCCAAGUACCUGUGCCCUCAGCUGGAGCUGCACCUAGCUCUCACCUGUACAGACUGGCUACAGGGUGCCUUGGUUUGCUUUGUGUGGUGUUUUUGAUUUCCAUCGUGGUCCUGUGUGCACACUAUAAGAACCUGUUGUUUGGUGUGAGUGAGGAGCAUGACAUGAUCUCCCAGAACUAUUCCUCAGCACAGAGCACAAUGGAGCGCCUCUCCUUCAAUGUCUCAGCUUUGUCUGAUGCCAUCAGCAAACUACAGAAAGAGAAGGCAGAUUUGGAAAAAGACAGGGAGAGACUGCAGAAGAGGGUCAAGGACCUAGAAGAGGAGCAGGUGAAACCCAAAAUCUGCCAGCCAGAAUGGAUUCAAUUCAACACCAGCUGCUACUUCAUCUCCAGCACUAGCAAGUCCUGGGAUGAGAGUCAGGGAUAUUGUGCAGAGAGGGGAGGACACUUAGCCAUCAUAGACACGCCAGAGGAACAGACUUUUCUGUGGAACCAAUUGGUCAGAGGUCACUGGAAUGCAUACUGGUUUGGGAUCAGUGAUGAAAAGGCAGAGGGCGACUGGUUCUGGGUGGACGGGACUAAACUUGUUGGAGGCUUCUGGAUGGAUGGCGAGCCCAACAACCACAUUGAUGAGGACUGUGGCUAUAUGGUGAAGACUCGCAACCCAGGCAUACUGGCCCUGGGGAGCUGGUAUGAUGCACCCUGCAGCAUGCACUGGCCAUGGAUAUGUGAGGGUCCAAUCAGUUAGAUAUUCACAUUUGCACUGGAAAAUGGGAAUGUGCCAAAGCAUCAACUUUAGAAUCAUCAGUCUUUAGGACAACAGUUUUAUAGACAAUAAAAAUGGGCAAACUAAACACAUAUUGGGAAAGGUUAUGUAACAAUGUUUAAUGUGGCAUAGAGAGAAUUGUAUUAAUCAAUUACCAGUAUCUGCUACGAAUACUGUAAUAAUAAAAAAAAAGUGUUCUCAGUCGGAGCUGGACUCUUUUUUACUGUCAAUAAAUGACCAUGUUUCAAAAGA